ACAUUUGUCAUUGUCAGUAAAAAUGGCGAAUCGAACUGUUAAAGACGCGAAGUCGAUUCGCGGUACUAACCCUCAAUAUUUGGUGGAAAAGAUAAUACGGUCACGUAUUUACGAUUCAAAAUAUUGGAAAGAAGAAUGUUUUGCCUUAACAGCAGAAUUAUUAGUAGACAAGGCGAUGGAGUUACGAUAUAUCGGCGGCGUGCAUGGUGGAUUCAUUUAUCCAACUCCGUUCCUCUGUUUAGUACUAAAAAUGUUACAAAUACAACCUGAAAAAGAUAUUGUAGUUGAGUUUAUUAAAAACGAAGAAUUCAAAUAUGUUAGAGCGUUAGGCGCAUUUUACAUGAGAAUUACUGGUACGUCACUAGACUGUUACAAAUAUUUAGAGCCACUGUAUAACGAUAACAGAAAAUUACGGCGGCAAAAUCGGGAAGGGCAGUUCGAAAUAGUGCAUAUGGAUGAGUAUAUCGACGAGUUAUUACGUGAGGAGCGCUUGUGUGAUGUUAUUUUACCGCGAAUACAAAAACGACACAUACUUGAAGAAAAUAAUGAACUUGAACCAAAAGUUUCUGCUCUUGACGAUGAUUUGGAUGAAGAUAUGCCUUCAGACGAAGAGAAUUUAGAUACAGAGACCAAAGAAAAUAAAAGAGAAAAGGACAGAAGAGACAGAGAUAAGAGACGGGAAAGAUCCCGUGAUCGAGACAGACGUGAUAAAGAACGUAAAAGAGAAAGAUCGAGGAGCAGAGAUAGGGAUCGGAGGUGGGAGAGGGAGAGAGAGAGGGAACGGGAGCGGGAAAGAGAGCGAGAACGUGAGAGAGAAAGAGACAGAGAACGUAUCCGGGACCGCGAGAGGGAAAGAGAAAAGGAAAGACGGGAUAGAUACGAAGUUGAUAGACGGAGAGACAGGGGACGGUAUUAGUUUAGGAAUAAAUAUUUUUUAUCAUAAUUAUA